AUGAACGAUUUUUAUGUAACUCUACCGUCUUCCGUCAAAAAUGCUCAAUUUGAAAAUACAUCUUCUCGUUAUGUUACGCGUCUGCCGCAAGUUUUGCAUUUGGAAAAAGACGAAUACUCUGUAGCGGUAACAGAUAUUAUUUACCCAUAUUCGUUUGUAAACGUUGGUCGACCUCUCAACUAUUGGAUUCAUUUCAAAAAUAGAGAACCAAUCAAUGUCACCUUUCCUGCGGCACAGUAUGACAACCUUUCUCACGUGGUAAAUUCACUAAACGGUGUUCAAAAGCCUCGAAUGAAGCGUGGUGCGCCAUUGAUUUUGGAAAAUGAGCAGGUAAAGCGACCAAAAUCGUCGGCCGAACCAUUAAUCGAAAGAGACGUAAUCAUCAACAAGGUUCGGGAACUGGAGGCAAAAGCCAAAAAGGACGAGGAGGAGAGGAUUGCUCGAGAAAAAGAAGAAAAGAAUAAACAACGUGAAAAACAUUUGGCUACUCAUAAAAAGGCCGAAGAAUUUGCUAGAAAGGUUCGGACUGAUAAAGACGAACAGCGUGAGAAGCAUCUAGACACUCAUAAAAAGGCUGAACAGAAUGCGCAAGACGAUCAAAAAUACCAUGAUGAAGCACGGAAAAAAUAUAUUGAGACACAAAAAAAGGCGGAGGAAAAUGAGGAGAAACGUCGUGAUGCGCAAAAAGCCGAGCGGGAUGCUCACAUAGCACGGCAUAAGCAAGCUGAAGCAUUGGAAAAGGAAAAACGUGAACAAGAGGAAAAGAUGAAGAAGGAAGAUCGUGAACGUGCCACGCAAAAAGAUCGCAGCGAUCACAUUGAACGACAUCGGCAAGCUGAGGCAAGAGCUGAAGCUUUGGAAAAGGAAAAACGCGAACAAGAGGAAAAGCAGAAGAAGGAAAAUCUUGAACGUGUGGAAAAAGAGCGUCGUGAACACAUUGAACGACAUCGGCAAGCUGAGGCAAGAGCUAAAGCUUUGGAGAAGGAAAAACGUGAACUAGAGGAAAAGCAGAAGAAGGAAAAUCUUGAACGUGUGGAAAAAGAGCGUCGUGAACACAUUGAACGACAUCGGCAAGCUGAGGCAAGAGCUAAAGCUUUGGAGAAGGAAAAACGUGAACUAGAGGAAAAGCAGAAGAAGGAAAAUCUUGAACGUGCCACGCAAAAAGAACGUGAACACAUUGAACGUCACAGAGAGGCUCAAGAAAGACAUGAACGUUUACAAGCUUUGGAAGCUAAAGACAAAGAAGACGAAAGAGCCAGGGAAGAGGAUAAAGCAAAGGCUAGAGAAGAGGCUAAAUCGAAAAAAGAUACAAAAGCUGAAAAAUCAAAAGUUACGAUUGAUCCUAAACAGAUUGUCAACAUACCUGGAAAGGUUUACGCUAGUCAGGAGGCUAAAAAAAUUAUCGAAAAAGUAAACGAGCUUGAAAAGCAGGAAAGGGACAAGAUUGUGUCAAAAGUUAAGGAAUCGGAAGCAAUUGAAAAGGAAGCAGUUCGAGCAUCUUCAGAGUACCAUGAUGUCGCUUUGAAAAUUUUCCAAAAGCCAAGUGAUAGAAACAUUUAUGACGAAUUGAAACUUUCGUUUGAACGAAUCCUAUCAAGGAUAAAAGUUUCACAUUUUGAAAACUCUUCAGAACAUCUGCAAUUUGAAGAAAAGGACGGAAGAGUUUCCAUUGAUUUUUUAGAUUCAAACAUUUUAUUUGUGGAAUUUGAAAAGUCUUGUGCAUAUUUUCUUGGAUUUCACGAUACAAUUGUUAGAGAAUCCAGCUUGGCACCUAGCAACAUUGAUUACUUUGGUAACGUUAGCACCAUCUACCUUAUUGUGAUAUUGUAG